AUGAGGCGGUUCAUUGGAACUAAGAAUCCGAAUCUGCAACGUUCUGCUUUGAAACUCAUAGAUUUCUGCAUCAAGAAUGGAGGAGAACAUUUCCUUAUUGAUAUAGCAUCGAAGGAGUUCAUGGAUCCCUUUGUGGGCAUACUUCACGAUAAAGAAUUGAAUACAGGUAUUAAAACCUAUCUUCUUGAAUUGAUACAGUCGUGGUCGAUUAUGUUUAGUACCCAUCUGAAGCUUACGUACGUCAAUGAUGUUUACAAGAAGCUUCAGGAUGAGAAAUACCAGUUUCCGGAGAUUACAGAAUCCGUGGAUUCUAGCUUGAUUGAAUCAAGGGUUGCUCCUGAGUGGGAGGAUUCCGAUGCGUGCAUGCUUUGUUCCAAAUUAUUUACUUUUCUGAACCGAAAGCACCAUUGUCGGUCGUGUGGAGGAGUGUUUUGUAAUGAGCAUUCAUCGCAGUCGUGUGAGUUACCCGAAUUUGGUAUUACUGUUCCUGUUAGAGUAUGCGAUACUUGUUAUCAGGAACAUAUGAACAAACUAAGCAAGCAAAAAAAGAGUAAGAAGAGGAAAAGUAAGAAGAAGGGCCUAUCUAAUACUGAAGAAGAGGAUGAUGAUGAUUUUAAGAAGGCCAUUGAACUUUCAUUAAAGGAAGCUGGAAUCACACCAGAAGGUCAGCUGAAAGAGGCGAAAACGGUGUUACCGCAAGUGCAUCCUCCUGAAUAUGAGGACGAAGAUGAGGCUAUGAAUGCGGCUAUAGCUGCCAGUCUUGCUGAUAUGAAUGGUACACAACAGCAGCAACAAACAUCGGCAGUAACAGGGACAUCAGUUCAAUCAUCUGCAGACGGAUUUUACAGCAAUAUAUUGCCUACUGAAAACACAGAGAACAUUAAUGGAGACUACUCGCAGUCUCAAAUGCCGAUGCAGUUUCAAAAUCAACCUUCAUCUUUUAUUACGCCUGUGGAGGAGAACAACAUUGUACUUUUUGUGAAACUUUUGGACAGCUAUUUGAAGACUCCAGAGUCUCAGAGGAGGCCAUUCAACGGAGAGACGGCUAUUCAUCAGAUAUAUAACAGUAUCGAGCAGAUUCAGAUGAAGGUGACUCAAAAUAUUGCAGAGAAAAAGAAAGGUCUUGAUCACUUCCAGGAGAUGUACUCAAAGCUGUUUGCAAUAGGUAAGGUUUAUGAUGAUAUACUUCAGACUAGAUUAAAACAACACCAGCGGCAGAAUAUGCAGCAGCAGCAAUUCCAAGAACCUCAAAGGGUCUACGAUAUUCCGGAAUACGACUAUAAGAGCUCUUCAAUUCCUCCUCUUCAGUCCAUACAGCAGCGACCAUCGAUGCCGCUUCCGUCUUCCCCACAUAUGGAAGCAAGAGGCUCUUCUGUUGGAUCUAUUGGUUAUGCCCCAAUACCGCAUGGUGCCUUUCAGCCUAGUUCUGUCCAGGAGAGCGUGCCACCUGCUCAGGCAGGUUCUGCAGAAUCUCCAGUAUCACCAGUGCAGAAUCCUGUUCAUAUGCCGGCUUCUCCACCUCCAGCAUCUAUCAGAGCACCUGGAUCCACUACUGUUCCCGCAUCUGUCCCUGAGCCGGUAAACUUGAUCGAUUUGUAA